AUGCUGCAUACUGACCUGAUUAUUUGUGUCCUCCUAUCCGGAGCUUGGGAGUUGCUGAGCUCUAGUGCAUGCCUUCCCUGCCUCGUGUGUGGCUCCUCCCUUGCUUUGCCUGUCUCUCAUUCCCUCUCCUCCUCAGUUGCCCUGCCCCCCAACUUUCGUCCGUUUCUUCCCUGUCCCUUCUGCAUUUCCUCCCUCCUCUCUCCCUUUCCCCCUUUCCUUCACCUGUCUCUCGCUCUCACCUGUCUCUUGCUCUCACCUGUCUCUCGCUCUCACCUGUCUCUCGCUCUCACCUGUCUCUCGCUCUCACCUGUCUCUCGCUCUCACCUGUCUCUCGCUCUCACCUGUCUCUCGCUCUCACCUGUCUCUCGCUCUCACCUGUCUCUCGCUCUCACCUGUCAGGCCCAAUCCCCGGAUUUCGCAGCAAUCUGGCUCUGGCACACACCCAACCCAUCUCCCUCCUCCACCACCACCUCCUCCUCCUCUUCCCCAACCACCGCGCCAGCAGCCCCAUGGACAGCAGCAGCUCGCCUAGCAGCGCACACGCUUUCAGUGACACAGAUGCACUUCUCCCCCUGCGAUGCCCUCCUGCUCUCCGUCUCCCGCGACCGUCACUUCUGCCUCUUUGCUGCCACCCACGGUGCCGCUGAUGCAGCCCACGCGCUCUCAGUGACACAGAUGCACUUCUCCCCUUGCGACACUUUCCUCCUCUCCGUCUCUCGUGGCCGCCACUUCUGCCUCUUUGCUGCCGCCCCGUCUGCUGCUGAUGACGCUGCGCGUCAGCCCCCUGUGCUCUGUAGUGCGUCAGCCCCCUGUGCUCUGCCAGCGCGUCAGCCCCCUGUGCUCUGCCAGCGCAUCAGCCCCCUCGUUCACUCGUGUACUUUGAGAGUUCUCAACGGCGUCUUGCCCACCAACCCUUCCUUGCCGAUCCCUCCCCUCCCCACUAACCCUUCCUUGCCGAUCCCUCCCCUCCCCACCAACCCUUCCGUGCCGAUCCCUCCCCUCCCCACCAACCCUUCCUUGCCGAUCCCUCCCCUCCCCACCAACCCUUCCUUGCCGAUCCCUCCCCUCCCCACCAACCCUUCCUUGCCGAUCCCUCCCCUCCCCACCAACCCUUCCUUGCCGAUCCCUCCCCUCCCCACCAACUCAUGCAGCCCUGUGAAGGUGUGGCAAGUCAUUGAACAGCCACCCUCCACCACUCCCUCCACCACCUCCCCUCCCUCCUCCCACACCACCAUGCUCCUCGCAACCCUUCCCACCUUCCCCCACCCAGUCACGGCUGUGGCCUGGUCCACUUACCUUCCACCCCUCCCUCCUCCCCCUCCUCAUCCACAACCCUCCACAACCAACCCACCUGCUGAUCCUGUUUCUGCUCCUGCCUCUGCUGCACUACGCUCGCUCCUUGCUGUUGGCUUAGAGAAUGGGGUGAUACAGCUGUGGAGCGCAGACCUUUCCCCCUUUGCUUCUCCCACUUCCACCGCACUCCACCCCUCACCUUCUCCACCCAAGCUGCAGCUGCAGCGUCUGGUGGCUUUUAGUGACAUCCAUUGCCACCUGGCAGCUGUUCAUAGGCUGAGGUGGCGAGGGGAAGUUGGAUCGAGGGAUAGAGGCGCAGGAGAGGUUAGGGUUACUGGGUGUAACAGGGAGGUACCGGUAGGUGCAGAAGAGGUGGGGGGAGGGAGGUGUUUGGAGUUGGCAAGCUGCUCAGAUGACCAUUCUGUGAGGCUGUUUCGGAUCAAUGUGCAUCAUUUGUAA